UGGAUGAGACAGCCCAUGUCGAUUUUUCCAGAAAGUCCCAGAAAGCUAUUCAACAUUGCGUAUUGGUGACUCAACGAAAAUGUAAAUAUAACCUUGAGUGCCAGGAUAAAAAGGUCCAGGACUGCUGCGCGAAGCGGAGAUCAACAAGGGCAGGGACAGAUCUCUGUGCAAGAUUGAGAAUUUCUGAGUCCCAUUGUGGGAGAAAUGAAAAACAUGUUCACAGUAUGGCUUGUUCUUCUGCUUGCUGCAAGUGGAAGCUUGCAACAGGUUCCACCAGAGAAACUCCACAAACUGUCAAUAGAGGGACAAAAAUAUCUCAAUAAACAGAUUGAAAAUGCUAUCAAUGGUGCAAAGGUUAUGAAAUCUAUUGCGGAUAAAAGUGAGCAACAACAUCAGGAGUAUUUACGACGUUUGGAACAAACCAGCAAACAAAAGGAGGAUGCGCUGGUAGCUGCUAAAGAUGCUCAGAAAAAGCUGACUAAUGCUGAGCAAUGUCAGUCUAAGGAGGCUCUAUGGGAAGAGUGUAAGCCAUGCUUGAAGCAAACGUGCACUCAAUUUUACUCGAGAAUUUGCCGAAGAGGCUUUGGUGUGGUUGAGAAAGACGUAGAAAGGUUCUUUAAUGAAACACCACUGGUUUCUGUAUGGGUCAAUGGAGAUAAAUUUGACUCCCUGGUUGAAAAGAAUGCAGAGCAGGGUCAACAAUUCGAACACGUUGAAAGACAGUACGAAGACAUCGAUGAACUGUUCAGAGAAAGCAUGAGGGCCUUUGAUGGAACAGACAGAUUGCUUGAUCGCCCCUUCAGCAACUUCAGAAUUUUCCCAAGGCAUUUCUCGUUAUUCCCAGAUUCAUCCUUUUCCCCCUUUAAGCCUUCCCUGUUUGAUAGCCAUGGGAUGCUUUCCUCUUUCUUCGAAAUGACUCAGCGGAUGUUUGAGAGAUUCCACAAAAUUAUGCACGAUGCUGAAUUAAGUAAAGGAAUGUUUCACAAUAUAGGUAAGAAAUAUAAAUGGGAAGACAAGUGUUGAGGAUGACAGAGUCUGUGGAGAGGUGUGGACAGGUUAAUUUGGUGGCAAAUGCAUAGCAGAUGAAAUACAGUGUUGGGAAAUAAGAGGUUAUGUACUUUGGCAGGAUGCAUAGACCUCGUUCCAUCUUAAAUAUAGAGCAGGAGAAGCAAUGUAAAAAUACUAAAAAUUGAAGAAAUCAGGCAAGUAUCAAAAACAUUUUAAACAGAAUAUUUAAUGUUUGGAGAGUGCCAUUUUGGAAGGGGA